AAUGUCCGUUCGCACAACUGCAGCGCGACGAUCAACUCUGGGUCCCGAUACUGGGACCGGGCUUACCACUAUGUGGUAAUGGUCUAUGAUUUUAUAAAAUCUUAAAAAAAAGAAAAAAGUAGCCUACAUAUAUAAUAACCCAAAAACCAAAUAACCCAAUACCCAAUAACCUCGCAAUAAGAUUAUAAAAUCAAUGUAUUCGCAACAUUUUGAUGCUUAUGGUGUAUUAACGAUGGUUUAUGAAAAAGGUAGCACAUAACCUUAGAGGUAAAUUUAGAUGUCCUCUCCAAGAGGAAAACUGUAUUUAGUUAGCAGAUAUACCCCUUUUCAUGUUUUGAAAUGGCUCGACGAUUGAGUGGCAAAGAUAAACUAAAGUCGCUGUUAACAGUGACUAGCACAGCUGUAACAUUGUUUAGUGGCAUAUGUAUGUACCAGGGCAAUGAGAAGUUUUACAAUAGAUUUGCUGCACCAGUGAUUCAAUUGGUCGAUCCAGAACUGGCACACAAUGCUGCUGUCAAGAUACUGAAAUGGGGUCUUAUAGGUAAACAGAAUACGAAAGAUCCAUCCUCUCUUGGGAUCAAUGUAUGGGGUAUGCAGUUUAAGAACCCCUUAGGUAUGGCUGCCGGAUUCGAUAAGCAAGGGGAAGCUGUAGAAGGCUUGCAUAAAAUAGGUUUUAGCUUUGUAGAAAUAGGGUCAGUUACACCAAAGCCGCAGCCUGGAAAUCCUAAACCAAGAGUGUUUAGACUAGUAGAAGACAAUGCUGUAGUUAAUAGAUAUGGUUUCAACAGUGAAGGCCAUAACACUGUGUGGCACCGGCUUAGAAAACUCAAAGACAGUAAAAGCUUCCAUGGUAUAAUUGGAGUAAACCUGGGCAAGAACAAGACAAUGGAAGAUGCUGCUCAAGACUAUAUAGAUGGCAUUAAAAAAUUCUCCGAUGUGGCCGAUUACUUUGUGAUUAAUGUAUCCAGUCCAAACACUCCUGGUUUAAGGUCUUUGCAAAGUAAGAAGGAGUUGGAACAAUUAUUAACAAGGAUAAACGAAGUCAGAGAAUCGAUAGGGAGCAGGCAGCCGUUGCUAUUAAAGCUUGCUCCUGACUUAUCCGACUCGGAGAAACAAGAAAUCGCAGAUGUGAUACUCGGGAAGAAAACCAAAAUAGAUGGUUUAAUAUUGUGCAAUACCACUGUCACGCGGAAUAAUUUAAGAAGUUCGUUGAAAGAGGAAGAUGGAGGACUCAGCGGAGCUCCUCUGACCGAUAUGUCCACCGCGAUGAUAUCAGAUAUGUACAGGAGAACUCGUGGAAGCGUUCCUAUUAUCGGCGUCGGUGGAAUUUUUACCGGAUCGGACGCCUACGAUAAAAUCAAAGCCGGCGCUUCUCUGGUCCAAGUGUACACGUCGUUUGCAUACCGAGGACCUCCAGUAGUAACGAGAAUCAAACGAGAGUUAAAUGAAAUGCUGGAAAAGGAUGGCUUAGCAUCCAUCGCGGAUGCAGUCGGCAAAAAUACCAAUAUCCGCUAAGUUGUUUGUCUUAAUUUCAAAGUUCCUUUUUACAGUUGUACGUUGAUCCAACCCUAUUUUAAUACUAAAACUACCGAGCUGGUCUUAGUAACCGGUUUCACAUUUUUCGUUAAAAAGUCUUUAAAAGUCGAAGUCAUAAAAACUCUUCGUAGACAAUGAUUAAAUAAAUUUCUUAAUCUAAGCAUACAAUGUAAUAAAAAUAACGAAAGAGUAGUGUGCCCAUAAACUACUCUUUCGCAAGUUUUGUUAAAUAAAGCGGUUUCUUCGAUUUUUUAAAAUA